AGCUGGUCCAGGCAAGCGUUUUAGAUGUACUGCCUCACUGAGGCGACUGGCCUUGCGUUAUCUUCAGAUUGAGCCACCCGGCAGCGGUUGCCUGCUGGUGUAGCUUCCUGCUCCGAAUGGCAGUUGAACAGAAAAUUUAUGUUGCCAUUUUGUUUGUCAGCUUUUGAUAAACCGCUCUUUGAAUAUAAAAAUAUGUCAAUAAGUUGAGUGUAAAAGUGACAGUUUAUGCUGUAUUCGUGUUAGAUUUUAUGUUUUUAUUGUUUUAUCAUUUUAUGUUUUUAUUAUGUAUGGAUCGUCGAAUGCCAGAAGGCCUCCGCUAUCUAGCGAUCAAGUACAGCAGGCGAAAACCAAAGACUGGAAAGUGCGUCGCGUACUGCGAUUAGUGCAGUCGCGACAGCAAGCCAAUAAAUUUGCGGGCUGUAUGAGGGAACGAUUCUGGAAGGAAACUAAUCUUAUCAUUCAAGCGCUGGAAGCAGCCAGAGCGGAAGAAUUGGAGGUCUUACAGGAGCUGAACAGGCGCCGUUUGGAAGCGGAACAGCAGAAAAGAGAAAAUGAAAGAUUGCAAGCGAUUGAAAAGGAAGAGCGCGAAGAAACUCUAAGAGCGGAUAGAAAGCGCAUCGCUGAGUUUUACGAUGAACGGGCCAAAGAACGUCAAGAAAAGGCACUGCAAGAGGAACGUCGACGAAGACAACUCGCACAGGAGCAGCGCAAUGAAAUUCCCGCACGCGUGCGAGAUAAUCGGCGUAUGGAGGAUCAGCUAGCGUUCAUCCGCCGCGAGCACUAUCGACAGUCCAAACUACCCGUGCAGACGGAAGAGAUUCCCACCGUCACCCGUGAGGCACUGCAACCGCGCAAUGGAAUUCCUCAGCCGACGCCGUUCGUCAUGGCAGUCUCCGGAAGUGGAUUAACCUUGUCACCGGCCAGCAGCUAUGCGGAGCCAUCACCAUCGAGAUCUGCGGGAUUGGUGGUGUCUCAGCGUGACGAUGCGAAUCUGACGGUGGAGGACGAGGAUCUCAGUAUGUCGAUGGGAUCGAUUAUCUCGCUGGAUAAGGAAAAUAUGCAGCCGGUGUCCGUCAGUGAGGAUUCACGAAGACCACGGGCGGAAGAGAAUAUCGUCGAAAAGAGCUCCCGACAGUUAUCGGUAAGCAGUGGAAGUGACUCCUUCCGGUCGACGACCUCCGACGCGCUUCUACAGAUUCUUCGCUUCCCUGCAUGUGAGCUUUCCCCGCCAAAAACCCGACACGACACACGAUGGUCCCCGCGCAAGCUCCCUAUCCAUAAAUCUCCCGCAGCCAGCCCACGGAAAUCCAUCCCCCGCGCGCAGCCUUUCGUUGCCCGCUCGCAGAAACGAUCUCCUGUUUUGUCGAAACGCCGCACUCCUCCGUCAUCUCCGCCCCGGUACCCCCUUCCGGAAAAUGUUCAGAUUAACCUGGAUAACAUCAUGCAUGCCCUGACGCUGCUUGAUGACCAUUUGAAGGACUUUGAGGCGAAUUCCUCCGCUCUGUCCAUUAGUUCCGGUCCGUUGUCGCUGGCGGACACGGGCCAUCCGUCCAGCGAUAGCUGGUUAAGUCAGCAGACGCUCUCGCACUCGUCCUUCCACAGCACCGGUUUAACGGCGGAGAGCGGUAGCAUAUUCUCUCGAUUGAGCAUGACACCGACUAGUUUACUGGAGGAUUCGUUGUUGUCGCAGAAUGGCAUGUCGGUCAUCAGCGACGGCCAACUGGAUGACUGAUACGCUGGAUUUGAUCUUUUUAUUUGUUGUUAUUGUUUUAAAUUUUAAUUUAUAAUGGAAGUUGGAACUGUCUUUAGCCAAUUGUCACGCUUUACAUUAUGAUCACCGAAGUGUAUACCUACCGUGAUGUAAUUAGCAGCAUCGCGUGAACGAUUUGCAAGGUACAAUAUAUUCUACACAUAGCUUCUGAUGCUGAUAGAUAUGCAACAGCACCAGUGCUGUCAGUAUUUGAAGAAAAAAACAUUUGUACCCGUCCAGAAAUUACAUUACAUGAAAU